GCAGUGACUCCGUCAAGGCAAUCCUGUCGGCAGCACCACUUGCGAGGCAGGUUGCGGUCAGUACCCUGCCUCGCAAGUCUUUUUCGGGGGUAGAAACGCUAGUCAUAGGUGACUCUGUUACACGUAAAGUUAGGCUACAGUUAUUUGCCUACCUGGGGCCAGGGCUCCCGACAUUGAAGCUAAACUUAGGGUGCUGACAUGCGGUCAGACCUCAUAUGGAGUUAGAUUAGAUGCACCAAACACCGACACUAGUUUCGACAACAUUGUAGUUCAUGUCGGCACCAACGAUGCUAGGACAAGACAAACUGAGGUCACAAAAAGCAACAUAGCUAGGCUUUGUGACUUCGCCAGAAAGAUGUGUCGGCAUCGAUUAAUUCUCUCUGGCCCUCUACCCGAUAAGGGUAAUGAUGAGCGUUAUAGUAGAUUAUUGUCUCUAAAUCGCUGGCUGGCCCUAUAUAGCUCAGAGCAGGGCUUUGGUUUCAUAGAUAACUGGCCCUCCCUGUGGGGUCGCCCUGGUGUGCUCAUGAGAGACGGCCUACACCCUACUGGGUUAGGCGCCUCAAUUAUGUCAAAAAACAUUGAUAGAUGUCUUAGUCAGGCGUGACUCAUCCACUCACAGCACGCUGGGCUGCAGGAGUUUAGCAAACCUGCUAGCAACAUGAUAGUUUACGUUGCAGAGUCUAGAACAGCAGAUGGGUUAGCUGAACCAGUAUCUAUUGCACCAAUUGUUUCAGAGCUGAGUGUUGUACCUAUAUGUACGGUGGUGCGGCCUCACGCUGUCUCGAGGUGUAAAACCCGCAGGCGAGGGCCGCGACCAGUAUGUCCAACUCUGGCGAUCCCACUGAUCGCCUCAGAGCUGAGUGUUAACCGGACUCCCUCUGAAAAUAAUAAAAAGGAAGCACUCAGAAUAGGGUUCAUGAACAUAAGGUUGCUUUCAUCGAAGGCGCUCUUGGUCCAUGAUCUAAUUAUUGAUAAAAAGAUCGACAUACUGGGGCUUUGUGAAACCUGGUUAAAACCAGAUGAGUUUCUAGCCCUAAACGAAGCUACUCCACCCCAUUAUGUUAGCACCCAAGUAUCUAGAGAAGUUAAGAAAGGUGGUGGAGUAGCCCUGAUAUCUAAUUCUAAGCUUAAUUUAAAGCCAAAGAAUAGAUAUAUUUUCAGAUCCUUUGAGGUGCUAGCGCUCUGCACCUCAGCUCCCCGAGAAGCAAAACGAGUUCCAGACUCUUUUGUUUUAGCUGUAGUAUACCGUCCCCCAGGACCGUAUUCAGUUUUUGUUGAUGAGUUUUCUGACUUUGCAGCUGAUCUGGCUACAUACUCAGACAAUAUUUUGCUUAUUGGGGAUUUCAACAUUCACGUGAAUAACCCGUCUGAUGCCCUCACAAGGGCUUUUCUGUCCAUUACAGAUACGCUUGGCUUCAAACAGCUCGUCCAGCACCCAACCCACAUCGGUGGAAACACGCUGGAUCUCGUUCUGACCCGCGGUGUAGACAUUUCACAGCUAGUGGUCUCUUCCUACACCUCAGCUUUAUCAGACCACUUUUUGCUCACUUUCCAGGUGGUGGUAUCCUGCCCCUGCGACGAUCAGCAAGCUACUUUCAGCUGUCGCCGCAUCACACCUGCAACCAUUACAGCUAUGGCAGAUAAGUUAUUUGGUUCACUUGCACCUCUCUGUAACUAUAGUGGUUCUGUGGAGUGCCUUACUGAUGACCUCAACAUUGCCUUGUCUGUUGCCAUUGAUUCAGUUGCUCCGCACGUAACUAAAAAACGAACAUUGAAAAAACCAGCCCCUUGGUUUAAUGCAAGGGGCUUGCAUUAAAGCCCCUUUCUUUUUGACACGGUGAGGAGUCUCACUCAGAAACAGAAUCAGACCGUAGGCUCCUCGAUCGUGGCAGGUGAAUUCAUGGAUUUCUUUGAGAAUAAGAUUCAAUCAAUUAGAGAGGAAAUUGAUGCUUGCCGUGCGGCUAAUCCUACACAUCCUGUGGGGAAGGAUGGGGUUCUGCUAAGUAGGAUAGUGAACUCUAACGCAACUCUUUUGGAGUUUAAGCAAUUUCUUUGGUGGAAC